AAUCAAUCACUCACCUUGUCUGGGAGGCUCGAGUGUGAGAGCGCGCUUCGCCAGCAGAAACAACGGGGUUAGAUCCAGUCAGGCGCCACCCUGCAGGAAGAGCGCUGCUUUCUCGGGCCGGAGGAGGACGCUGCCGACGGGCUGCUGGUGGCGGAGUAUUUAAAUCUGUGGAUCAUUUUGAAAUGUGGUGGUUUCAACAAGGACUGAGUUUCUUCCCUUCUGCCCUGGUUAUUUGCUCGUCUGCUUCUUUAGUGUUUCCAUAUGUUAUUGGAAUUUUCUUACACCAUGUUGACCCUCUGGUACCCUAUAUCAGUGAUGCAGGGGCAAUGCCUCCAGAAAGAUGCUUUUUUGGAAUAAUGUUAUGCUUUGCUUCCUUCUUGGCUUUUGCCACCAUAUAUGUUCGGUACAAACAAGUCAGUGCUUUGAACCCUGAAGAACCCAAGAUGCUCAGACUAAAUAAGGCUGGCUUAGUGUUAGGAAUGGUUAGCUCUUCUGGGAUUUGCAUCAUUGCGAACUUCCAGAAAAACGCUGUAUAUUUCAUCCAUAUAUUUGGAGCUUUCCUCACAUUUGGAAUUGGAGUCAUAUAUAUUCUGGUUCAGACAAUUAUUUCCUAUAAGAUGCAACCACAAAUUCAUGGGAAGGAUAUUUUUUGGAUCAGAUUUACAAUACUGCUAUGGUGCACAGUAAGCAUGACGACUAUGGCUAUUUCUACAUUCAUUUUAGUCAGAUUAAGUGGAACAGAAUCCCUACGGAGGCAGCAUUGGAAUCCCCAGGAGAAAGGAUACAUUGUCCAUAUCAUUGCCACAGUUUCUGAAUGGUCUUUGGCUUUCACUUUUCUCAGUUUUUUUCUGACUUUCAUCCGUGACUUCCAGAAAAUCUCAUUGCACAUGGAAACAAAACUCUUUGGCCCUAAUCUUUAUCAUACUCCAGAGCAGCUCCUGGAAGAUGACCAAGGAAUACUAAUCACAGGAAGCAUAUAAAUUAGAACUCCUCUCAGAAAAAA